GCACAGGAUGGGGUGAUGGGGGGUCCAGCUGAGGAGGCAGCACGUGAGCCAGCCCUGGAUGAUCGGAUCAGUGAUGCAAAGACUGGACGGAAGGGGAUUCCAGGCAGAGGACCAACAAGUGCAGAGUCCUCGAGCAAGAAGGAAAUUGAAGAAUUUCAGGAACAGAGAGGAGGCCACUACAGAGAGGACAGAGCAAAGGAAGGAGAAACAGAGGAAAUCAGAGAGAUUUUGUGUGUGAAACUGUGUGGAAAUCUGAAAUACUAUCAAUCAAAUCUGUAUAGUACAGUGGUGCCACCUGAUGAAAUCACAGUUAGUUAUAGACAUGGUCUUCCCUUGAUAACACUUACUUUGCCAUCCAGAAAAGAGCGCUGUCAGUUUGUAGUGAAACCAAUGUUAUCAACAGUUGGUUCAUUUCUUCAGGACCUACAAAAUGAAGACAAAGGUAUCAAAACUGCUGCCAUCUUCACAGCAGAUGGCAGUGAAAUUGCAGCUUCAACCUUGAUGGAAGUUUUGCUAAUGAAUGAUUUUAAACUUGUCAUUAAUAAAAUAACAUAUGAUGUGCAGUGCCCCAAGAAAGAAAAACUGAGUCGUGAGCAAACUACUGAGAUGGAAAACAUGAAAUCCUUGGUUCACAGACUGUUCACAGCCUUGCAUUUAGAAGAGUUUCAGAAAAAGAGAGAGCACCAUCUACUGGAGAAAAUCGACCACCUGAAGGGACAGCUGCAGACCCUUGAACAGAUGAAAGCCAAAAUAGAAGAUCGUUCAGAAGCCAAAACCAGCGGACUCCUGUGGGCUGGGUUAGCACUGCUGUCCGUCCAGGGCGGGGCAAUGGCCUGGCUCACCUGGUGGGUGUACUCCUGGGAUAUCAUGGAACCAGUCACCUACUUCAUCACAUUUGCAAAUUCUAUGGUCUUUUUUGCAUACUUCAUAGUCACUCGACAGGAUUAUACUUACUCAGCUGUUAAGAGUAGGCAGUUUCUUCACUUCUUCCAUAAGAAAUCAAAGCAACAGCAUUUCGACGUGGUGCGGUACAACCAGUUAAAAGAAGACCUUGCUAAGGCUACAGAAGCCCUGAGACUGGUGCGCCACUCUCUCUAUUUGCAGAUGCCAGUAGAGGAACUCAAUGAAAAGAAGUAAUCUUCCAUUUUUAAAUGUCAGUGAAUUUUUGCAUUGUGUUCAUUUGCAACUUAGAAACUGGAACUUUGAGUCCUGUAGUUCAUGUGAAUUUGACUAUUUCAGUCUCUUUUGUUAAUAAAAAAAAAUGCUUGCAAAACA